AUGUCGGCCGUCACGCCCGUCAACCCCCGCCCAUUCCUCCAGGACCUCACCGGCAAGACGGUCACCGUGCGGUUGAAGUGGGGCUUGGAGUACCGCGGCUUCCUUGUGUCCACCGACGGUUACAUGAACCUUCAGUUGACAAGCGCCGAGGAGAUUGAGAACGGCAAGAGCAACGGCCAGCUCGGCGAGGUCUUCAUCCGUUGCAACAACGUGCUGUACAUCCGUGAAGCAAAGGAUUAA